UGAAAGUCUAUUUCCAGUACCCGAGCAGGAGCUUGAUGAUGAAAGAAUGAACGAGAGGAGCUCGUCCUUAAAACUUCCCAGCGUCAACUUGCGUACCGCGACCAGAGACGGACCGCAGGCCCGUUGCGGGCAGCAACGGCAGGAGCACCAGCAGAGCGUUUCAUCAUCUUCCCAGCAGCACUUUCUCCCGCAACAGCUCAUACUGAGCGACUCCGACACUAAUUUUCAGUCUUCUUGCGGGGGCAGCAAGAAAAAGCACUUGCAGGAGCACGACGACUGCCAUUAUGCUUCUGGUUAUGCUGUGCAGCGCAACGCUUAUAAAGUCGUGCACACGACCAUCAAGGCAGCGUCCGGUGCGACCUCGGAGGCCGGGUUCUGCACGGCCUUGUCCUCCUGCGAAUCAACCGCCGGCGGAGGGGAUUCCGGUGCCGUUCCGCGGUCUAGCACGACGACUUGUGGUGGGGGCUCAGCUGCACCAGGAGCUCCGAGUACAACCGGUGGGGCCGCCGACCACGGCGGCGAAGACGUUUUUGG